UCGAACCUUGUAAUAAUUUGGUCACCGUCCUUUAUAAUGUUUUCCACUCCUUUCCCAGAAUUCUACCGACACCCCUAGUUUUCAGCUCACAAUCUUCUCAUGGCAUAGAUUUCUUCUCUAACACACAGGUUGGUUAUCGUUUCUGGCCAGUCUAGGUAUAUUGUUUAGUCCUGCUGCAUCAACGAUCUUAUACGAAGCUACCUAUGGCAUGCACAUCGAUGGCAUGGGCUGCCUCAAUGGCCAAAAACGACGGAUGCAAAGAAGAGAUUGAUGGGAUUCAUCGAUCCAGUUCGGGUGUUAAUCUUAAUAAGAGAGUCGGCAUUCGACGGUCUUAUUUGGAGAACCACCUUUGUUACUCUGCCAAUAGGAUACUUGCUGCAUCAACUAGACCAACCCUCAAGAAUAGCAGGUCUUUCGGGAUUUUCCCGCCGCUACCGUUUCAAAUAUCCGGCUCCAUGAUUCCGAAAUCUGUUAGAUCAUUUUUGUUUGAUCCGGAGACAAGUAAGGAUUUGAAUAUGGCGGACAAGGAUGCGGAUGUUAUCGGUGAAGAGAAGGAAAUGAAGAGUGCUGAUUGGUUGAAGAGGUUGAUGGAGAUCCGUAGAAGCUUUAAACAUAAACAACUCAGAGAGAGUUUCGAAGUAAACAGAGAAAAUGAUGAGAAUGAUUCUCGAAAUGGUGAUGGAGACGAAGGCGAAUGUGAAGUGAACUACGACUCAGAGGAAGAGGGAGGUGAAGUGAAAUACGACCGUGAUUCUUUCUCGAAGUUAUUGGUUCAGGUUCCAUGGUCUGAUACAAAGCUGAUUUCUCAGCUGGCCUUCUUAUGCAACAUGGCUUAUGUGAUACCAGAGAUUAAGGAAAAGGAUCUAAGAAAAUAUUAUGGUCUAAGGUUUGUAACAUCAUCCCUUGAAAAGAAAGCUGAAGCUGAAGUGGGAACAAUCAAAGCAAAAUUAGAUCAGGACUCUACUCGUGUACCUGUUGCUGCCCCAGAAACUUCCGAGUCCAGACCAGAGAAAGUCGAGGGUAAAGAGCGGAAGUGUCCAAUCCGAUUAUCUGUUGUUUAUGAGAUUGCUGCUUCAGCUGCAUGCCGCAUCCAGUCACAGGCAAAGGGCCUUUUGUCCACUCGCUCAAAGACAGAGGAGGGGGAGGAUCAAAUGGAUAAAUGCAGAUUUUCAGACCAGCCAGAAAUGGAGAACGAGAAUUCGCCUCGAGUAUAUAACUCAGAGGUGGCUGCUUUUAUGGCAGCAGAAGCAAUGACUGCUGUAGUUAGAGCUGGAGAGAAGGAAAAGCAAGAGACAGCAAAAGACCUACAGUCACUGCACUCAUCACCUUGCGAAUGGUUCGUCUGCGAUGACUUAAGCACAUACACUCGUUGUUUCGUAAUUCAGGGGUCAGACUCUCUAGCGUCAUGGCAGGCCAACCUUUUCUUUGAGCCUACUGAAUUUGAGGAAACUGAUGUGCUAGUUCAUAGAGGAAUUUAUGAAGCUGCAAAGGGCAUAUAUGAACGAUUCUUCCCAGAAAUUAUGGACCAUCUGAACAGGCAUGGAGACCGUGCGAAGCUCCAGUUUACCGGUCACUCCCUUGGGGGCAGUCUUUCUCUUUUGAUUAACCUGAUGUUGUUGACUAGGAAGGUCGUAAAACCAUCUACUCUUCGACCCAUUGUCACUUUCGGCUCACCUUUUGUGUUUUGCGGGGGCCAAAAGAUACUAGAUGCAUUGGGGGUAGAUGAGAACCAUGUUCAUUGCGUGAUGAUGCAUCGAGACAUCGUCCCUAGAGCCUUCUCCUGCAAAUAUCCGAACCAUGUUGCCGUUGUCCUCAAGCGUUUGCCCGGUUCCCUCCGGUCUCACCCCUGUUUGCUUAAAAACAAACUUCUGUACACUCCACUUGGAAAACUAUUCAUCCUCCAGCCGAGCGAGAAGUCGUCUCCACCGCACCAGCUAAUCCCACCGGGAAACGCUCUUUAUACUUUGGAUAAAACACAUCCCGGAUACUCGAUGCAAGCUCUUAAGGCCUUUCUUAAUUGUCCCCAUCCAUUAGACACCCUCAGCGAUCUCACGGCCUAUGGCUCGGACGGUGCGAUUUUAAGAGACCAUGACUCCAGCAACUACUUGAAAGCGGUCAAUGGGGUUCUAAGGCUACAAAAGACUGCCGUGCGCCAUGCGGGGAUCGAGAAAAGCUUGUUAUGAUCACUGCUUACUUCGCCGUCUCCACACUCAUGGAGCCAUGAUAGAAGUUUAGAGAACGUCAUUUUAUCAAAUAAAGAGAUAAUGACCGGUCCUGUAUCGUUUUCUGGAGUUCUUUAGCAAGUUUGAUUGGGAAAAAUUUUGCGUUAGCCUCUGGGGUCCUGUUCCAAUUAGCUCACUGCCAGAUAUAACAGCAGAACCUCCUCGAAAAGAUGGUGGAGAGUUGUUACUUAGCAAAUAUUUUCUCAAUACUUGUAGUUCGAGAUAUGCUGCUUGCCAAGGAAAUCAGGGCCAACCCUUUGUUUCUAAACAUUUCAAUGUGAUCGAUCCUUUGCGUAUCAAUAACAACCUUGGACGUAGUGUUAGUAAAG